UCCCGAUAACCCAGACACAGCAAGCCCUUCUCCCUUUCUUCCGUAAGGCCAGGUCAUUAGGCAGAAAAACAGUUCCCAGUUACAAACGAAAACAUGCUGAUGGAGUUUAUAGUUUUUAUUUGAAAACUCAAACAAAAGGUGGAGAGAUUCUGAUCGUUAAUCUUUGAUUAUGACGUGGCCAGGUUCGCUUUUUAUGCAACAGGUCCAUGUCAACUCUUUUGAAAGGCUUCUCGACCUACAGGUAGAAAAUACAUCUUACAUCACCAUCAUUGACAGACUCUUGAAAUUAUAACGGAAAGUAAAAAUGAAACAGUAAGAGAAAUGUGCGAGAUAUCAUGAACGGCCACCGCAGCGGUCUUUGUCUUUGGGCAUGCGCAAUGCUCUUGUCUUUGUCUACGUCUUACCAUCGAGUAGAUCAACUGGAUAUAAAGAAUUCAACUAUCACUAAGUUUGACAUCUCUUCCGCGCUUAAGACUAUUGAACGGUCGACAGGAGUAGUGGAGCAGAAAGGAGGAAACAAGGCGGCGGGUGCGCAACAACAGGACGGGUGGGACAAGCAGCAUCCUGCAGAUAACACGGCAGCGCAAGCUGAUUUCUCGACACCGGAAGAGAUAACAGCGCGUGAGAGUGGUCAGCUAUUCCUUGUCGGUAGACCAAUUACAAUCAAGGAUAAAUCUAACAGAAAUUCUACGUCAUCAGUGUAUUAUCCAAUCAAGCCUGAGAAUGACCGCGAGCCCGCGUAAUGCUUCAAAAGAAAGCAGAAAAAAAGCCAAAAAGUAGACAGGGUCGUAGGCUAGCAUGGGGUCGAAUUUUAACUCUUAGCAUCCGACUCCCUCCUUCCCGUUAAAAGACCUAAAAUGACCGAGACUUUCCCAAGCUAUAUGGUCAUUUAUCCCUUAUCGAUAUGUCGAUAUACCACUCCUUUGUUAACUAACAAUUGAAAAUACUGGAGUACUAGACCAGACAUUAAUUUUUCAAAUAAUACCAAUAUCUCGUCGUGACUCUUGACACCACCAUGGCCUUUCAGUUGCUUUUAGGGGAAGGGGGUGAUUAUAUGCAUACGAGAAGAAGACUUGUCCUUUACCCCCCUUCUAUUGCAAAUGUGUGGCCAGAAAAUAAGACAACGCUGGUCUUUGCACUGUUAGCCCCUCUUUCUGGUAUGGAUAUUUUAUCGCGUCAGGCCUCUUUCGCUCAGCUGAACCGAUAUCCAAUCUAAGUUGCUGUUGACAUUCAAAGCCCUGAUGGCACACGGUAAGGCACUCGUCGCUAUAAGCCCUGAUCCCUGCGAUUUAUGCCACAACCCUUUCACUCCAUCAAAGCCGCCGAGGCCAACCGUCGGUGCAUUCAAAAGCAAAUUUUCCAAGUACCCGUAGGAGAGAGAUUUGACGGUGAUCCAUAUCAGUUUUAAAACUGUUUUGCUCCGAAAACUCAAUUAAUCGCCUCAGGAAUUCGGCACCCUGAUUGGCUGAGAAGAUUACUUAUUUGGAGAUGUGCGUGUUGGAUUUUGGAAAUCAUUGCUGAUAAAACAAGAUAAAGUAGUCAAUUUAGCAAGAGAGAUAGACAUUAUCUCAAUGACAACUGUAUAAUCGUUCCGCGUAACUGGAGUUGAGUGAUCUUUUUUUAACAGUCACAGUAAGUGGGCCGUCUUCGUGGUGUGACGGCUUGCAGUACCUUGAUCACUUUAUGAAUAAUUUGAAAAGCAGCCGAGCAAUUCAAUCAUUCGCAGUGGAACCUACGCGGCAGUAAUGCCGCCUGGUUAACUCUCCUGACAACUUUCAGAUAGACAUCAGCAGAUGUGGAUGUUAUCUUGCUUUUUCAGUCCCCACAGAAUGGUUCAGAUGCCUCUCCCAUUGCUAAUAGUAAGGCUGAUCGCUAGCAAAUCAUCGCCUCUUCAACCCCACUAAGCAUUGAAUCAGCACUUCGGUCUGAGGAAUCAACACGUUUCGUCGACUUGACUGAGAAGAAAGGCAGGGUCUCCUUCUCCCUCUGUUUGCCUGCGUCUCUCUCGUCUACUGAGAAGAGCACUUUCAUGCAUGUUGGACACAGCUCGGACAGCUCCUGAUGCGACCUGCGAGCUCGAUGGAAGCAAGGAGGAACGCAGCUUGUGCCGCACUGAUUGCAAUCUUGUGUGCUGCUCGCUUGUGCGUCUCACAGAGCGAUGAACUCGUCGUAUCUACCAAGUAUGGUGCAGUGCGAGGAGUAACUAGACAUUUAGCCGCUAUCAAGGGGAACAUCACAAAGAUUAAUAGGUUCCUGGGGAUUCCUUUCGCGAGUCCACCGGUUAAAAAGCUCCGAUUCAGCCCUCCAGUCCCACCAGAGCCUUGGGACGAUGUUUACGACGCCACGAACUUCAAAGCUAUGUGCUUUCAAGAUCCGGAGUACAACAGAAUGUUUUGGACGGGUUUCAGCUGGCGUCAGAGUGAUGAUUGCUUAUAUCUCAAUAUCUACGCGCCGAACUCGACGGGAACAAAAUAUGCAGUGAUGGUAUACAUUCAUGGAGGCGGUUAUGAGGCAGGCUCACCCAUCAUUAGCCCAGGAGACGCUAUCCCCCUGUGGGGGGUUGUUCUCGUCACUAUACAGUACCGGCUUGGUCCGUUCGGCUUCAUGUCCACGGGUGAUUCGGUGGCUCCGGGCAAUUACGGAAUGUUGGAUCAGAUUGCUGCCUUGAAGUGGGUACAGGAAAAUAUCGCUGCAUUUCAUGGCGACCCGUCUAGAGUUACGAUAUUUGGGGAGAGCGCGGGGGGCUCGAGCGUCGGUUUGCUUCUUCUGUCGCCACUGUCUAAAGGACUUUUCCAUUACGCUAUCGCGCUAAGUGGCGUAGACUUUUCACCUUUUGCCAUCAACAGGGUAGAUGAAGCGGUCCAACUCACGAAGAAAACGGCGCGAAAUGUCAAGUGCCCAACGCACGAUAGCACCGAAAUGAUGGAAUGCAUGCGCCGCUUGAAGGGUGAGGAAAUCCCUGUAAACGAGAUCAAUAAAUGGAGGCCAAUCGUCGAUAACAUAUUUCUUGAGGACACGCCGGUGAAUCUUAGAAAAGCCAACAAAUUUCAUCCCUAUCCAUUCAUAGCAGGCCUCACAAGUGAAGAAGGUUCAUAUUUUUUCUCGGAUGACUUUUUUAAAAAUGUCACGUUUGAAACUUUCAAAGACGAUGCAAUUACGUUUUACCAGAGUGUGCGGCGGUUUGGACGCGAGGGUCCCAACUUCAAGUUGGCAGCUAGCUUAAAGGAGGCUAUUGUGUUCCACUACACACCCUGGCCAGAUCUUGGGGACUCGUCCGGCUUCAGGGCGGCCCUUGUAGACAUGGUCACUGACUUCAGCAUCGCCGCACCAGCGCACGCCGUCCUUGACUUCCACUCCAAACAGGCACCUUCCUACCUCUAUGUAUUCAGUCACCGAUCCAAAAACCGAUCCAUCCCCAAGUGGAAAGGCGUGGGACACAAGGAUGACACUCCUUACGAGUUCGGGUUUCCAUUUCUCGACCUCGACAAGGCCCUCACUCAGCAGGAAUAUGACGAUGUCGAUAGGAACGUUAGUAAUUAUAUCAUCACAUUCUUUACGAAUUUCGCCAAGACUGGUCAUCCCACGCCCGAGCCUGUGGCGGGCAUAACGUGGUCCCAGUACAACGAGACAUAUCCAGCGUACAUGAACAUCACAGCACAGCCGAGAAUAGAGUACAACUUUCACGAGAAAAGCAUGGCAUUCUGGAACUCGUACUAUCCAAAACUGCUUGAGACAACGUCUUGUUAUCAAGGCGAUACCCUAGGCUCCACCUCAUCGGCUUCGAGUCUGAGCUUAUUCUAUUCGGCCUACGCUAUUUAUCUUACUACGUAUUUAUUACUGUCAUAUAUUUAGGUUUCACAAUUCAUGCAAAAUGCCCUAGGUUUGAGAUCCUAAAUAGAUGCAUGGAAUGACCUUAGAAUAGGAAACGUGGGCGGUUUUCAUUUUGGGACUUGAAAUUUGCGAGUCGUGUGGGCGCAGACAUUUUUCUAAGAAUAGCCCGGCGGCCCAUAUCAGUAAAAUAGACUAGCUGUUAUUAUCACAUUGUCGCUGUGGAGGUAUUGGAAUUUAGAACGAAAAUAAUCAUUCAGAGUUUGCACCAAAACGCAUAAAAAAUACUUCAGGCGUGAAGAUAUGCAAAUUCUUGCAACUAAACGUUUCAUAUCUGAUGUUAGAUAAACUUUGAACGUAUACGCACGUAUCCGCUCCUGUCUUGAAGCAAAUCGCAGUUCUCGUAUACUAUUGGUCAAACGGUUAUCAUUUCCGUCAGACCUUUAGUCGUUAUUUCUAAUGUAAUUCCUUUAUCAAAUUGGGAUUUCGAAAAAAGAGGGAGCGAAAAGGGAAAAUAUUAUUGUAUAGAAAGCGUUAAUGCCUUCCUUAUCACUCUGGGAUUGACAAUAGAGGGAGCAAAAUGGAAAAAUAUUAUUAUAUAGAAAGCGCUAAUUCCUCCAUCUUGUAUGCCAUAGUGAUAAUUUGAUAUGGAAUUUGCAAUAUACCUGUUUUUUUUAUGUGGAAAAAAAUCCUGACAUGUAAAGAAUUUUAAUUACUGUGCACGACAGAACUAACUGAUUAUUCGUUUAAAUUAAAUUUAAGCUGCUCGUAUCAUAUCAAAGUGCUAUUAGCUGUAAAUACUACCCGUAUGGGUGUUGUUAGGAUUCAUCCGGUCAGAAAAGUCCAAGCUAGCCUCUCUAGUAAUAUGCUGGAGUAGUUGGAUAACUCCAAAUGGCACCCACUAGAAUUCAAGAUGAAUUACCUAGUUGUACAAAUACAUGUAUAUAACUAUAAAACAAUCAUUUUAUACUUGACUUUGCAGGCAAAGUUCUUACAACCGCAAUUUGGUUGAGGUGAAGAUUGUGAGGAUACCCGGAUAUGCAGCUUUUGGCGACAAGAUAAUGAUGUCAUUAAAUUACAAAGGGUUCCAGGGAAUACCAUUUUACUAGAAGCGCCGAAAAAUGCUGCUAAUAAACCAUUUACAGAAUUAGAGCCAAAAAAAAAUAUUGGAAUUGUUCUAAUGCGUGGCUGCAAAUGCGAAGAAUGUUUCACAACUUCUUUAGUCGAUUCAGGAAAAAAUCCAAUUUAAGUAAGAUAGAUCUUAAAUUGACUAAAAUAUUUGCUUCCUCGCUAGGAAAUGACUCAGCGACUGCUUGCUAAUACUCCAUAAAGGAAAAAAUAACAAGCUCUUUUCUUCCCAUUUAACCGGUUAUUGAUAGUUGAAAGAACAAAAGAUUUGAAUGAUUAGCUUUGAGAUAGCCUAAAUCAAUGAAGUUAAAUGCGGUCUCUUUUCCUAUUAUUGUAAAUAUUGUUGUUAGACUUGUAGCACAAGUAGCUAAUGGUUCAAUAAACACCCCUUACGUACUAAA